GCACACGCAUUGUUAGUCUGAGUUUUCAUUUCAUAGUGAUCGAAACUAAAAUAAUUAAUAACAAUCAUGUUUGUGCCAACGUUCGUAGUUAUUUUCACCCUUGCGAUAUAUCAGGUCGCGUCAGCUCCUGUUGACGACAGGGUCGAAUACGAUGGAUCGUACAAACGCCUUUACCUGCCUUACAUCCAAUCAGUGACCAAGGAUGGCACCAAAACUAUCUUGACAUCCCAAGAUUUGCUUGAAUUGAGCGAAAAGCUAAAAUCUGGAGAAGUACCGGUAACCACUACUUAUCAGCUGAUUGGUAUUAAUGGCUUCAAUCACACGCUGUCUGACCAUCAACUGCGGCUCAUGGUGAACCAUGAGAUUGCAGCAAUCGUCAACACGCAGGAUCUCGACCAGCCAGGCUUUGGACAUUUAUUCAUCACAGUUGACAAGAACGGGGUUGUGCAGACUUUUAUCUACAAUUUGACUCUAGAAGAAGCGUUGGAGAAAGUUGAAGAAGAAGGUUAUCCGAACUCAUCCGCCAGUGAUUCUUAUCACCAAAAUAAACCUUCAGCUUCCAAAGUUCCCGUUGCUUCAAAUUAAAGUUUUAGUGAUUAGUAUAUAAAUUCAGACUGAUAAUGAUGAUACUUUAUAGUUUUAAUUUGUAAUGUAGAGCCACCCACACACUAGCGUUUCCCGAGCGUCGGCGUCUGGUCAACCUCUGUGGCUGCUGCUCGACGCAACGUUGACGCAACUGCACAGCAACGCCAUUUUCCAUAGCGCUGACUAGACGCCGACGCUCAAAAGACGCUAGCGUGGGGUGGCCAAUUUAUAUAUGUAUCUAUAUAUUACAGUGUUGCCAACUUGGCAUAAAUGAUGCCAGAUCUGGCAUAUUUUCACUCGCUUUGGCAUCAAAAUUUUCCAUUUAGCAUCUGGCAUAUUUUUUAGCAUAAUUUAGUCUAAGCCAAGUUUGCACCAACUUGGCAGCAACAAUAUGCGGCAUCGCUUUAUAUGGUUCAUAUUUUCAUAUGAAUUUUAACUUUUGUGGACGGAUGGACGUCAACGGACUAUAUAAAGUUGGUCGAGCAGGUCUUAUCAGUAGAAAAAGGCGGUAAAUUUGAAUAAAGUAUGUGUUUUAAGUGUCUAAUUUCAAGUGAUAUUUUAGCAUUUUUUUAGCAUAGGUGUAUCAAAAAUCUUUGGCAUAAUUUUGGCAUAAUCUAGACAUUAGUCUAGCAUUUUUUCAUAAUCUGAGUUGGCAACACUGAUAUAUUAUAUUAGGUUACCUAUAUUUUGUAGAAAAUGUAUAGCUGGUCACGCAAAUCUUGUCAGUAAUAAAAGGAUCGAAAUUCAGAUGUUCUAUGGGACGAUAUCCCUUCGCGCCUACAUUUUUCAGCCGCCUUUUUCUACUGACAAGAUCUACUUGACCAGUUAUAUUAAUUAUUUACAUUAAAACUUGUUGAUUGAA